GAGGAGUUCCGCCGCUGCGUUGCUUUUUGUUGUUUUAUUCAUCAGUUGUGUAAACAGUCCACGCGUGCACAUCGUGGGGCAUUCUAAUCACGCCUCGGUGAUGUUUGGGUUGUUGUUAUUGUUGACUUCCCGCGUUGUGAUUGAAGAAAAGCGUGUAUUCUCUGCUGCCAUCCAUCACCCGAGCCCCCUCCCCUCCCUUCGCCUUCAUCUCUCCUCACCAAACACCAGGGCCCGAGCUAACAUUUGAAUUCUCUCUUUGUGCACAGUGGGCAGAAACAAGCACCCUAACGUAUGUUGAGCAGAUUAAAUCCUCUCAUAGGGCGUUCUUGUUAUUUUUUUUCUCCCUCCCACCUAUUCUUAUUAUUGAGGUGGGGGGAGGAAAUGCGCCAUUCGGACGGAUGCCGCCGCAGCAGCGCGUAAAAAGCUGCGGAUUGUUUCCCAGCGCGCGUCCAGGGGCCACUCGUAAAAGUUUCCGAAGAACGCCCCGACUCGGCUUCUUCUCCUCCCGGCUCAAGCAGCACCGGCAAGCAUGCUGGAAGACCACCAGGCUGCCAGGACUCAGCCGCGUCGCAGGGUGCAGAUGAUCGCCACCGGUGUAUGCGGCGUGGCGCUCGUCCUGGUUCUGGUGGUGCUCAUCCCGGCCAUGGUCAGCUCCGCCGGAACCCCCGCCCGCUCCGAAAUGCUCGGCGCCUGCCAAAUGGUGUGCGACCCCCACGGGACCGCGGCCGUCACGGCGCCGGCCAAGGCGGCCGGUGAGCCGAUCAAAGAGAACCGCCUGAUGCAGUCGUUGCCCACCUUCAUCCAGGGUCCGCAAGGCGAGCCGGGUCGCGCGGGGAAGACGGGUCCGAGGGGACCCGCGGGCGAGCCCGGACCGGCGGGAUCCGCCGGUCCGCCCGGCGAGCGUGGGGCGCCCGGUCCUCCGGGUCCCCCGGGAACGAGCGGACCCACUGGGGCCAUCAGCGCGGCCACAUACAACACGGUGCCAAAGAUCGCCUUCUAUGCAGGACUCAAGAAGCAACACGAGGGCUACGAGGUGCUCAAGUUCGACGACGUGGUCACCAACCUGGGCAACCACUACGACCCCGCCACCGGCAAAUUCACCUGCUCCAUACCGGGAAUUUACUUCUUCACUUAUCACGUGCUGAUGCGAGGCGGCGACGGCACCAGCAUGUGGGCCGACCUCUGCAAGAACACCCAGGUACGAGCCAGCGCCAUCGCGCAGGACGCCGACCAGAACUACGACUACGCCAGCAACAGCGUGGUGCUGCACCUGGAACCCGGCGACGAGAUCACCAUCAAGCUGGAUGGUGGCAAGGCGCACGGCGGCAACUACAACAAGUACAGCACCUUCUCAGGGUUCAUGCUGUACGCCGAUUGAAAACAAACCGACCGGUUCAUUCUCUCUCGCUCUUGCUCGCUUCCUCCCUCGCACGCUCCAUCACUCGUUGGAUUCGUAGAGACAGAG